AACACAUUUGUUGUAAUGUGUCUUGUUCUUGCUCCUUUGCUUGAGACCAGUCAAACAAAGGAACAGCUCUAAAAGUAUUUGGCGUCUGUCCUAGGAUCAUGUUUAAGUUGAGAGGCUCUCCGCGUGCUUGCUGAACCGCGGUGUCGUAACUCUUAGAAAGCGCGCGCGCUGCUUCACGUUAUGGUGCACUAACAAAGCGCGAAGUGCAGCAGACAGGUAGGUCCGGGAGAGAAAGACAAAUAGGAGACCUGCUCUCUCUCUCUCUCUCUCUCUCUCUCUCUCUCUCUCUCUCUCUCCCACUGCGGCUUCCACUGUGUUCACAUCGACUUGUCUUAAGCGUCGAUUUUGCUCCACGUUGUGAUUCAGAAGAACUUCGAGGACGAAGAAAUCGCACCCUCAUGGAUAGUUUGAGUUCUUGUUGAGGCUGUUCAGGGAUGUGAAGAUGCAACAUUUUCUUAACUCCCCCCCUACUGAGUCGCUAAUCUCAAGAGCGAUCCCUUCGGACUUACUCUCCACCCAUUUAGAAUCAGAACCAAACGGCACACAUAUCUCUGUCGGCAGCUUCAGCAACGCCUCCUUACGCUGCACAUAUAAGGAAGACUUUAAGAAGAUCUUACUCCCUGCGGUGUACAUUGUCGUUUUUGUGCUUGGCAUUCCUCUCAACGCCGUCGUCAUACUGAAGAUAUGGAGGACGAGGCCCCACAUCUCCCGGAACAAUAUCUACAUGCUCAACUUGGCCAUAGCUGACUUUCUGUAUGUGACGUCACUUCCUUUACUCAUCUACAACUACGCCAGCCAUGACUACUGGCCCUUUGGGGAGUUGGCCUGUAAACUGGUCAGGUUUCAGUUCUACAGUAAUCUGCAUGGCAGCAUCCUCUUCCUCACCUGCAUCAGUGUGAAUCGCUACAUUGGGAUUUGCCACCCCUUCGCUGUGUGGCUCAAAGAAGGCGGCCGAAGGAUGGCGUGGGGAAUCUGCGCAGGGGUGUGGGUGGUGGUCCUCUUCCUUUGUGCACCAACUUUUACCUUUGCUGCGACAGGAAUCCAGCGCAACCGCACUGUGUGUUAUGAUCUGAGCACGCCGAACCGCUCGGUGGAUUACUAUCCCUACGGCAUGGCUCUGACCUUCCUUGGCUUCUUGCUUCCCUUUCUGGGCGUGAUGAUCUGCUACUGCCGGAUGGCCCACAUCCUCUGCCGCCCCGUGUCCUACCAUGGGGUCUCAGUAGCCACGGGGGAGAAACGAGACAGGGCUGUGAGGAUGAUCCUUGUGGUGGCGGCCGUGUUCUGUGUAAGCUUUCUGCCCUUCCACCUGACUAAAACUAUGUACCUGGUGGUGCGUACUUUGCCCAGUGCCCCCUGUGAGAUGAGGAACUUGUUUGCGAUCUUCUAUAAGAGCACAAGGCCAUUUGCCAGCAUGAACAGUUUCCUGGACCCUAUAUUGUUCUACUUCACCCAACCGCGAUACCGCAAGAGCACUAGGAGGUUUAUGCGCAAAGUGACCACCCUCAGGGACAAGGGAACCUCAGUGUGAGCAUUUGACUACGUCUGUCAUUAUCUGUUCUUUCUCCAUUUUAAGUAAGAAAGUCCUUGAAGACUGAAAUGAAUGGAAUCCAGUCAAAUUCUCAGCUACAACCAACGAGACUUGGGGUGUGUUCCUGAUUUUCAAAUGAAGAGACUGUAACCUGUAACUGAUCAGCGUUAAACACACAAAAAAAAUGACUAAGUGGAUAUUUUGUCAUUGCACUUGCUGUAGUAAUACAGAUUGAAAUUUGAAAAGUCUUUUUUUUACAACUUAAAUCACCUUUUUUUUUUCAUUUUCAUAUGAAGAUCUUUUUACGUUUGUUCAGCACAAAAAUAUGUUAAAAAUAUGUUAAAGCUGUAAAGCGUGUUGUUUCAUGUUUUCACCACUGGAGGUCGUGUGUGCUCCACUGCACCCAAACACUGGCUCUGCAUUGAACGUAAUCAAUAUGAUUUAUUCAGCAUGAAUCACAUUAUCUGCACUGCAGUUAAUUAUGAACCAGUUGCAACCAAAGUCCAGCUCGUAGUGCACUAACUUUGGCAGUUUGGACGCCGUUUUAUUGAAAGUACAUUGUAAUGUUGGAGGUGACAUUAAUGCGUCACAUAUACUGUUAAUCUAGCAAAGAGCUUUUUCAGAAGUAACAAAAUGGUGAAUUAUGGGCCUAAAUGCAAGGCCUAUAGUAAGGCUAACCUUUCUGCUUCUAAGGAGUCUGGAAGAAAGUCGUACCUCUGCACAAAUGCAUAUUUACCCCCAAACUUAUCAACUUAAAGGAAGUAUGAUAUAGCUUUGAAAAUGCUUCUGUUAAAUAUGUUUUGUAGGAAGUAUUAUUUGUUCCCUCAACGAAUGAAAUUUCUAAAAAUUACCUUGGAUUUUUGAAUGUUUCCUUAUCUGAAAUUAUUUUGGGAUUAAAUGAUGAAAUAAUUUGAAGGAUUUUUUUCCACAUCUUUACCAGGGCUGUCUUUCAAUGCAUAUGGUUCUGUGUUACUAAGAGUUCUUUACUCUACUAGAGGUAGUCGAGAGAAGGAUUGCACUGCUUGGCAUCGCACCGUUUUAAUAGCUCUCACUGGAUACAGUUUAAAAUCCAAACCACAUUUGCGUAUAAAAUUGUUCAAUUUUCAUGGUAAAUUCCCAUCAUGCAGCAUAUUACAAUUUGUUUUUGCUUAUACUGUGUGACUUUGAUCGUGAUUGUGGUCUUUGUAUUUCUUUUAUGGUAUUAUGUGUUUUUCUUACGCUGUUUUGUUUGAAAAUGCCAUUGUAACUGCAGAAACUGUGAAUCUGUGUGUCUCAAAGAACAGUAUAAAAUCAAUGCAAACAAUACGUUUGCUGCACUUACAUUUUCACAACAUUAUUUGUUGUUUGUUUUUCUGAAAACUCACUGUUUUAAGAAUCACAUUAACGAGAUAAUAAUGUGGUAAUACUUCAGCUUCAUUGUUUGCUUUCUGUGUUUAGCUGAGAGGAUAAUAAAGCUCCAGCUGACUUAGUGUUUGUAAAUAUGUGUUACACUGAAUGUGAAAUUCAUGCAAUUCAUAUGCAUAAACAUUUAAGACACAAAUAUGAAGUAAUGUACUUGAAGCCUUGCGUUUGGACAAAGUGUAUUUUCAGUUAUUAAAUUAUAUAACUUAAAAAGUGCCCCCUUCCACACUCUAAAUAUGAGGGUUUAUCAUGUGUUUGAUGUGAUGUUGGAAACUUAUUAAAUUCUGUACAGUGCCGAUUGUGGCUGUUCGUAGUGUUUUCAAAAGUGUAGGAGAUUUUAAUUUUUAGAAAUACUGUAACAUGUCAAAAAAAAAAGCUCUGUGUCAAAAAUGUAUCUGUUGUAAAUAUUUUAUUUUCUUAGACUCAUAGUUUUCUGUGAAUUUAUUUUUUGAACAGUAUUGCCAUGAUUCGAAAUAACUUGUAACAGGAGCAGCCGAAAAAGCAAAUAAAAGCAGGUGGAAACUACA